UUGUGUGGUGUGGCUUGGGUCCAUAUUUCUGCUAUGGAUGAUUCUUUGAUUGGACAACACCAGGAGGUAGAUAGCAGCUCUAGUCCCCGAGAAUCGGAUGAUAAACACUCUGUCCUGUAUCGCGAGCGAAGAGCCGUAAAAAAGAAUGCAACCCCCAAGCAAGACGUUGAAAAACGACUGAAGGUCAUGGAAGAAAGGCGAGUCACAAAACGCGUACCUUUGUUGUUCCGAUAGCUAUCAAGCCGAAAAAUCAGUAGCAUGAAAUUUACUUCUGAUAUUUUGAUUGAAUAACUGAUUAGCACUUUAACCUAAACACAAAUUUUAACCAAAAUCACAUGUUUUACGGCGCUAUAUAUUGUUUCUUCUUUUCGCGGUGGAGCGGUGUUUCGCGAACUGAAGUAAAACCUUGUGUUACAAGGAAGCGAAAAUCUUCGCGCCUUUCCCUUUUGGGCAUCCAUUUUUCUAUUAUAAUAUUUUAUCAUGUAUAUCUGUACUAUUCAUAUAAUAUGUAUUGUCCAACAAAGUACGUUAAACAUGCAGGACUCUAACCCGCUUUAAGGUACGCUGUUCCUUCCAGGCGUUAAGGCAGUGGAGACAGCGCAAAGAGGAGUCAGCAGGAAAAACAGACUUCGCACCGCACUCAGGCCCGUAGCAGGGGGAGGGGCAGGGGGGACUCGAGCCCCCCCAGAAAUUUUCAGACUUGAAUUAAAUUCUGCUACAAAAGUGGAGUUUUUCUACUAAAAUGAACAGCUGUCAAUGGAAGCUAAAAUUUCAAAGUAUUGACGAUCAUAGUAAGACUAUGUACUGUUGUUCUUUUGUGCAAUUUGGAAUUGUGUAAAUGAACGAAAUCGUAUUUUUGCUCUGCCAAAAACGACCAACAGCUGUAAAAUAUAUAUCUUAUUAAGCAUCAAAAUAGUCAGAUGCAAAAUGGAUCGAAAUGCACCAAUGACAAUCCCACCUGAGCCACCUCAUGAUGUUGCAUGUUCACAAGGACAGAACAGAUGCUCUAACCCUUGUAGACGUAGCUAAUGACUUCGUUGGGGAGAAAGAAAACCGAAAGCAAUUGUUUGGCAAAUUUUCCGCGAACGAUAUCCCAAGCAAGUUCUCUAUUUCGUCAAAGUCAACACAAACGGAAAAUUAGAGACAACAACAAAAGGUGUUGUAGACAAAUGUAGUGAUCUGACAUGUACCAAGAAGUAUGCUUUAACCGAGGAAGCAAAGCGGGGGGGGGGAGUUAAUUUGGGCCACUCGCUCAGCCCCCCCAGUCAUUUUAUGCUUGGUACGGGCCUGGCACUCCACAAUCUGAACGCCUGGAACAGGCUAGCUUUGAGGCGCUAUAUUUAGCGAGAAUUUUUGUUCAAUGGUCUCUUAUCUUAUUGGGAACAGCAAAGAAUAUUGAGUUUAUUGGGGGUGUUUUUGUAGAUUUUGGUUUUGAUUUUGUUUUUAAACGUUCAUUCAGCACAAAGUUUUGUGUGUUUCUUGUUGUUGCGGAGAGUUACUCAUUUUUAAACACCCUCACCGAAAAUCUUUUCCCCUCUUUUGCAGGCAUAAUGAGAGUACAAGGCGAUUGCAGGAAAUAGAGAAGAGGUUUAAUAUACGGGUUUUGUCAGUUCAUUAUGUGCAUUUAUUUCUCAUAACGUUCUAAACAAAGCUUUAAUUUCAUACGUUUACCCUUUAUCAUUUGGAGAGACUACAUUUCUUAAGAAGAUUGAUCAUGAAAACAGUCUCGCUGAUAUAGCAAGCAUUUUAGUGGCAUUAAGAGCUGAUUUAGGAAAGGUUGUUUCGGGCAUUAGGAAUUGCGCGCUGGAAAGCAAUUGUUUAGUAGUUACACAAGAAAUAAAUCAUUGCCGGCAGUGAGUUCCGUAUGUACAAAUGCCCAAUUUUCAGGCAACCAUUAUUGAAUUAGGUAUAUACAUUUAUCCAUUGUCUCCCACUGCAGGCUUAAUAUUAACCUAAUGCUUCAGCUAAAAUUUGACUUUUGUUAUUUUCUUGAUCUUUCCCAGACUUGAUGCCCUUCUGCGCAUACCGCCUCCUCGAUCUGGAGACUUAUACGCUUCUCUUAUGGGUUACCUUUUAGGUUGGUGUAUUGUGGUUUCUAAUUAUUGUAAUGAGCAAUCACUGCACACAAUGGAAAUUGCCAAAACAAUCCAGCAAUCUAAACGGGCAGCGAAUGCUUAAAGGAGCUGUGCCAGGAGAGAAAUUCGGCCCAAAGGACCUGGCCCAAAAAAUAAAGCGAACAUUAAACCCAUUUAACCCUUGUAAAGCAUAUUUUGUCACCGCGGACAAAUGUUCCCACUUAUUUUAGCGAUGUUUGACUCGAUGGUGCAAAAAUUGCGAAAAACAUGUCUGCGAUUGCCUCUUACCCAGAGGUCCCUCUCUCUCGAUGAAAAUUUGCGCGCAAAGGAAGGCGGGAAGGAGAAAACCGUCAAGACAUCGCUUCUCCUCUCUUCUUUCACCUUCCCAUGGUCACUCGGGCUUCGUCACCAGUCACUCGCGUUUCGCGGUCGCCUUUGUGCGAAAAACGAAGCACCUAAGGAGGAGGCAGUGUGUGCGACAUUAUUCCGGGAAACUGCCCACCUACCUCAUCCCUGUAAUCCUUUUUUUUACUCUCUACUCUAGGACAGCGUGGUCAAAAUACAGGCAAGGAGAGAGUUGGACCACCUGGCCCUCCUGGAUCACCUGGACCAACUGGAUUGCGUGGACCAUCAGGCCCCAAAGGCACACAAUGAAAUAUUCUAUCUUAAAAAUAGGCUAAAAAUAUCUUCAAUAACUGAAAAUAAAUUUUUCACUAAUAGCAAUACAGUAACACCCUUUCCAUACCCUCCUCUUAAGAAAAUGAAAACUAAGGCAAAGAUAUGUGCUAAGAGCACUUUGCUUUGCGUACGUUAAAGAUCAGAUCGCAAAGACAGCAAACCAAAAUCGCUCAGACAAAUGAUACCGUUUAAAAACCCUAAGCUUCAGCACCAUUUCUUUAUAGGGGAACAGGGAAAACCUGGCACCAACAAGCCAUUUCCAGGCCCUCCAGGUCCUAAGGGGGAUCAAGGACCUGUUGGAAAGACUGGAGCCCAAGGACCUCAAGGACUUAAAGGGCAAAGGGGACAGGAUGGGUCUGGCAGUUCAGGGGUGAAGUAUGUGCGCUGGGGAAGGACCACAUGUCCCAACGGGGCACAGAUAGUCUAUAAAGGUAAAGAGUGCUAAGGACAUAACCGUGAAAAAUUUGAAAGCGACACCCGUAAACAAGUUCCUGUUCCCAGAUAAUUCAAGCAUCUGGUGAUAGAUCAAUUUGUGAUGCUGAUACCUAAGCUGCAGAUAAGCGCACUGGAACAUUUUUCUCAAACACCUUUAUAACAAAAAUUAUUGCAUGAGUUUUUUUGUGAUAGCAUGAUCUCCGGAAUCAGUAAUCAAGGUCGAGGUGAAAAAAAAAAAUAAUGAGAAACACAUCGUCGAAGGGAACACAGUUUGACAUCGCUCUUGGAAAUCAUACAUUACUAUCAGAUAACUAAUUAAUCUAUCGUUUGCGCGGAUUUCCAAAAUCUACUGUAGGCCCUUAGCCAGUGAAAGACAGAUAGCGAGUACAACGCAUAAUAAUGUGGCUAUAUGAGCUUAUAUGAUUAUUCUCCGUUUGCUUCAUACAGGUAUAAUGGGUGGAGAGUAUUACGGUCACCAUGGAGGUGGUGCAAACUACCUUUGCCUUCCGCAUAAUCCAAAGUAG